GUCAGCAUCAAGGCGGAGCAAGACAGUGCAAAACGUCGCAAAACCGAGUGGCAUGCUGGAUUGCAGAAAAUGCCAGGUGACACCACGCUGUGCAAGGAGAUAUUGGACUACUUGUCGAUGUUCACUGAUCCUACCGAACAAGUGAGUGGAGACCAAUCAGCCUCAGCACGGGUUCACCCAGCAGAUCUUGUGCUUGAAGCUUUCAAGGACGAGGAGACCACGUAUCUCACCACCCAAAAGAUCCACACGUUCCUGCAGGAAGCCCAUGCAGUUCAUGGGAAGAAGUUUGAGAUGGAUUUGGAAACCGUUGAAGCAAAUAUGGUUGGCAUGAGGCGAAUUUCGGUUCCGCUGACUUCCAUCGUUCUGCAACGCCCAGAUGAUGGCCUCCCCUGUAUUGGGGACUGGCUGACAACAGCCAUCAGUUUCAUGUUCUCAGGAUCCCGACUGGGCAGGGAACCUUUGGACCUCAACGCUCACGUCAUGAAGUCUGAUGGGGCCUUUUUGUUCAUCAAGAAGGGAUUCACGCGCUUGACUGCUCCACUCUUAUUCUUGCUGAUUGCUUCAGACAUUGACCCUGUUGCAGGGAAGGACUUGAUCCUGCCACUACUUCCAGCAUUCAGUGAGAUGUUCAACUUGCCCGUGAAUGUCUCCGUGACUACUGAUGCUGAAAUGGUAUCAUUUGAUUCGAUUCAACUGUCAGCACAAGGGUCUGAGCGACAGAAGAAAGACAUUAUGAAAUGUGCCCUGCGCUUCGAGAAGCUCAUCCUGGAGCGUCGCCUGACCGAAUCUUGCAGGGAUUCCAAUGACCAGGAAUUGCUCCAAAGCAUCGUGAACCGCUACAACGGGUACAAAGCCACAGCGGCGCUGCGGAGGUGGCAGAUUGGUCCUGACAUGAUGUCUGCGAUGUUGGCAGUGAUUUGCGGCAUGACCAGUGAGUCCAGAGACCUGGUCAGGAUGCAUUUAGACCACAACAAGUUUGAUGAGAGUGGAAAAUGUUUGUCCUUUCAUCAGGUGUCCGGAGCAGCACAAGCCUUGCACUUCCAAAAGUACAAUCUUUGGUGGUCAAUGAACGCCAAAAAGGUGAAGAAGAGCGAGCAUUUGAAGGCAGCAGAGUACAAGGUCACCAUCACGAGCCUGAACCAUGACUUCAAGGAGGCUGUGGCGUUCAACCAGCGACGUUGCAAGGUGGGGGCAACGCAAAAAAAUACACAUUGA